UCCCCCAGCUUUCUGCUGGCGACGCACACCUGCGCUUCUCUCCGCGUAACGCAAGAACUCGAGCCGGGGGAAGAAUGCGAGAAAUCGUUCACAUUCAGGCUGGCCAGUGUGGCAAUCAAAUUGGAGCCAAGUUCUGGGAGGUGAUCAGCGACGAGCAUGGCAUCGACCCAACCGGGAACUACGUGGGAGACUCCGACCUGCAGCUGGAAAGGAUCAGUGUCUACUACAAUGAGGCAUCAUCCUCCAAGUAUGUGCCCAGAGCCAUUCUAGUGGACCUGGAACCUGGGACCAUGGACAGCGUUCGCUCCGGUGCCUUCGGCCACCUGUUCAGACCGGACAACUUCAUCUUUGGUCAGAGCGGAGCCGGGAACAACUGGGCCAAGGGCCACUACACAGAGGGCGCCGAGCUGGUGGACUCCGUUCUGGAUGUGGUGAGGAAGGAGUGCGAGAACUGCGACUGCCUGCAGGGCUUCCAGCUCACGCACUCGCUGGGCGGCGGCACGGGCUCCGGCAUGGGCACCUUGUUGAUCAGCAAAGUGCGUGAGGAAUACCCCGAUCGCAUCAUGAACACGUUCAGCGUGGUGCCUUCCCCCAAGGUGUCGGACACCGUGGUGGAGCCCUACAACGCUACCCUGUCCAUCCACCAGCUGGUGGAGAACACGGACGAGACCUACUGCAUCGACAACGAGGCGCUCUACGACAUCUGCUUCCGCACGCUCAAGCUGGCCACGCCCACCUACGGGGACCUCAACCACCUGGUGUCGGCCACCAUGAGCGGCGUGACCACGUCCUUGCGCUUCCCGGGCCAGCUGAACGCGGACCUGCGCAAGCUGGCCGUCAACAUGGUGCCCUUCCCCCGCCUGCACUUCUUCAUGCCUGGCUUUGCCCCCCUGACAGCCAGGGGCAGCCAGCAGUACCGUGCUCUCACCGUGCCGGAGCUCACUCAGCAGAUGUUCGACGCCAAGAACAUGAUGGCUGCCUGCGAUCCGCGUCACGGCCGCUACCUCACCGUGGCCACCGUCUUCCGUGGCCGCAUGUCCAUGAAGGAGGUGGACGAGCAGAUGCUGGCCAUCCAGAGCAAGAACAGCAGCUACUUCGUGGAGUGGAUCCCCAACAACGUCAAGGUGGCCGUGUGCGACAUUCCGCCUCGCGGCCUCAAGAUGUCCUCCACCUUCAUCGGCAACAGCACGGCCAUCCAGGAGCUGUUCAAGCGCAUCUCGGAGCAGUUCACCGCCAUGUUCCGCCGCAAGGCCUUCUUGCACUGGUACACUGGCGAGGGGAUGGACGAGAUGGAGUUCACCGAGGCCGAGAGCAACAUGAACGACCUGGUGUCCGAGUACCAGCAGUACCAGGACGCCACAGCUGAGGAGGAAGGGGAGAUGUAUGAAGACGAUGACGAGGAGUCGGAAGCGCAGGGGCAAAAGUGAACACUUGAUUAAAAAUUUAAAAAAAAAAAAAAAAAAAAAAAAAAA